AUGGGCUCUCUUGUUCGGGUUCUUCGCCUUGUUGAUAAUGAGAGAAAACUAGCUAUGGGUUACAUAUAUGAGGCGAUGGAUAGGGCUAAAGAAGCUAUUAUAAAAGCUUUUAAUGAGAAUGAAGAAAGGUAUUCAAAUAUUUUUAAAAUCAUUGAUGAGAGAUGGGAAUGUCAAUUACAUUGGCCUUUGCAUGCAGCGGGUCAUUUCUUGAAUCCUGAGUACUUCUAUUUUGAUGAUAACAUAGCAACAAAUCAUGAAAUUACAGCAGGAUUGUAUGCUUGCAUACAAAGACUAGUUUCUACUGCUGAAAUUCAGGACAAGAUCAUGGCUGAGCUACCCAUCUAUAAGAAAGUUGAAGGACUCUUUGGCAUUGAAUUGGCUAAAAGAUCAAAAAAGACAAGGGCUCCAGCUAUAAGAAUCUUGAGCUUGACUUGUAGUGCAUGUGGUUGUGAGCGCAAUUGGAGUGUGUUUGAGCAGAUUCACACCAAAAAAAGGAAUAGACUUGCACAAAAACGACUAAAUGAUCUGGUCUUUGUGAAGUAUAAUCAAAAGAUGAAGGCACGAUAUGAUAAGCGUGAUGUUACUGAUCCCAUCUCCUUAGAUGAUAUAGAUGAAAGUAAUGAAUGA